AUGGCAGAGGUAGAAGAAAAACAAGAAAAACCUUCAGUCAGUGAACAUAAUGAACCUAAUUCAAAUAAUUUAUUAUAUAGUAAAACCACUUUGUUCGUUCGCAGGAUACCAUAUGAUGCUUCAAAUGAUGAAUUCGAAACCUUUUUUUCUGAAAUAGGACCACUUCGAUCUUGCUUCCUUGUAAAAGAUAAAGAACCUAAUGUUCCUUUAGCAGACAAUUCGAUUAAUCAUGAUGAUUCGAUCGUUUCUCCUAUUAAUGAUAAUAAAGAGAUGGUUUCUACACAAGAAAUACAAAAGAAUGACAAAAAUAAGGGUUUUGGUUUUGUUCAAUUUGUCUUGACUCAAGAUGCUGAAAAGGCCCUAAAAGAGUUAAAGAAAGUGAAAUUUAGAGGAAAAAGUACCUUGAAAAUGGAAUAUGCUAUUAAAAGACAUGAUGAGCAUAGUCAACAAACCAUAAAAAGAAAAUUCUUGUUAGAAGAAAAUAAUAGUAAAAAAAAAUUAGUAAAAAAAGAGACAAAAGGAUUCGUUGAAAAAGUUGAUAAUAAUGUUAAAACCAUUGUACUAAAAGGUUUACCUAAAGAUUUAACUAGGAAAAAAAUUUAUAAAAAAGUUAGAAAAUUUGGCGAUAUUCAAGAUAUGAAAUUUCCUAAUGGUGAAGAUUCUACUGAUAUCGUACACGUCAUUUUUAAAACAACCAAGGAUGCUAAUGAUGCAUUAUCACAUUUGGAUGGACACGUUUUUCAUGGAUCAAUGAUGAGCGCGAAAUUAUGGAAUACAUCUUCAAAUGACAAAAAAGGUCGUUUAAUAGUUCGUAACAUCCCAUGGCAAUAUCGUGAACAAGAACUUCUAAAAAUUUUCUCUAAAUAUGGAGAAAUAAUAGAAGCGAUCAACGGAUUGAAUGAAACGAAACAUCAAGGACGUACUAUAGCUGUGGACUGGGCUUUACCAAAAGACAAGUACUUGGAGGCCAUUGAAUCGCAGAAAAUACAUGAUAAAGUACAAGAUAAUAGUGAUGUAUCGGAAAGUGAGAACGAUGAUAGCGUAAUUAAUGGAAAUCAUAUUCUCAAUGAUGACGAAGAUGAGGAGGAUGAAGUAGAAGCUGAGGACGAAAAUAUGGAAAGCGCAAGUGAAAGCGAAAGCGAUGAUAUAGAAAUUCAUGACGAAACACCAAAGAACUUGUAUCCUCCUUCUGAGGGAACUGUAUUAUUUAUUCGAAAUCUUUCUUUUGAUGCCACAGAAGAGGAGCUUUCCGAGAUAUUUAAACCAUUUGGACCUUUGCGUUAUUGUGUUAUAACGAUGGAUCAUCAAACAGGACGUUCGCGUGGCACUGGAUUUGUUUGCUUCAAACAAAGAGAACACGCAGAAAUUAAAUUUACAUUACGUGGAAGAGUAUUAUCAAUAGUAAAAGCAGUUGAUAGAAACGAAGCACAUAAUUUAAUGGAAAUGAAUCAACAAAAAAGACGUAAAGAGGAUAAAAGAAAUAUUUAUUUACUACAAGAAGGAGUAAUAUUUCCGGAUUCAUUACCCGCUAAAUUAUUAACAACUUCGGAAGUUAAUAAACGUGUCACAUCGUAUUCUUUUAGAAAGAAUUUGUUAGCAAAAAACCCAAACCUUUAUAUUUCAAAGACCAGAUUGUCAGUAAGGAAUUUACCGUUAUCAGUUGAUGAAAGUACCUUAAAAAAAUUAGGAAAAGAAAGUGUUAAAAAAUUUAAAGAAGAAGUUGAGAAUGAAGAGAGGAAAGAUUUAACAAAAAGCGAGAAAAUGGAAGGGUGGAAUAAAAAGGUGGACGUUAAGCAGGCUAAAGUAAUUCGAGCCAAAGAUAGAAUCGAUAAAACCACGCAGAAACCACGAAGCAAAGGAUAUGGAUUUUUGGAAUUCACACAGCAUGCGCAUGCAUUAGCAGCAUUAAGACAUCUUAAUAAUAAUCCGGAAUUAUUUGGAGAAAAGAAAAGAUUAAUCGUAGAAUUUGCGGUAGAGAAUUCUAUCAUUGUUAAAAAGAGAGCAGGAAGAUCAAACAAUAAACAUAUUAAAAAUAAAUCCGUUGAAGACAAUGUUAGCGUAGAUAAGAGGAAAAAGGUUGGUGUGCAAAUAUAUUUAGUUUAUUUAUCUUUAAAUAUUGUUUAUUAUAAUUGA